AUGCAAAAUGGUUUGGAUUUAGCUAUUCAGUUGAUUGAUAUUCUUGGGAAGCACAGCUGUAAAAAACGUUUACAGGUUUCUGGUGAAGAAUUUCAUCCGGAGUUUUUCAGUGAAGGCCCAAUUGCAACAUUUGAGGAUGCAAAAACGGGUAUUUUGGAGAUACUUGUUUCCAAGAAAACAUUAAUCAAUGUAUUCAAGGAUUGCAAGCAAGUUCUUGAUGCAGAGGAGGAUACUGAUGACUGGAAAUUAUAUUAUGCAUCAAUCGGUGUUUUAAUCACGACUCCAGAGGACCAUCGUGCCAUUUUACUCAAUGAAAGCGCCCUCAACAAAAUGAUAUUGAAUGAUCCUUCCGCAGCUGACUAUCAUUACAACUGUCUGAGCACGCUUUUAAGCUGCAAUUUGGCAAAAACCAAUAAGUCAGCAAACCUAUGGUUUUAUUUCAGAAAGUUGUCGGUUGCAAAACUCGAGACGCUUGAUUCCUCGUCUUUGAACGAAAUGGUUGACUUAAUUCUCCUCUCUGUUGCCUCUCAUCCACGUAAUUACUAUGCGUGUUCAUUCCUGCGUGUUCUUCUGGCGAGUUGCCGAUGCAAAGGCCUUCUGCGGAUAUUGUAUGAAAGGAUAUGGGACUAUUGUAAGUCACAUUUUGGCGAUUUUUCAAUGUGGUUGGCUUUGCUCGAGAUUUUAAUUGGAAAGAGCGAUUAUUUCCUUUGGGAGCUCAAGAGGCUAGGCGGUGAACUGAGAGGUACACCACAAUACUUUGAAGAACAAGAGCUGAUGCGAAUAUAUGAAGAAAUUGGACUCUGGGGUGAGCAGAUCAGUACUGCGAGCUACUCUUUAUAUUACGUGAAGCUGCAACUUGGGCUUCAUUUGGGCUUGGAUAUUUGCUCCCAGUAUAAGCAGGAGUAUGAGGAAUUUGAACGGGCGGGAGGCUACUUGAUUGACGUCAGCUCGCGACAGCUUGUGAGCAAGAAUAAACCCAUUCCGCUGGAUAACGAGGCGCUAUUGAAACAAAAAUUCGAAGGAAUGCUCAUUAGAAAACAGUUGUACAUAAGAUAUGGGGCCGCUCGCAAUUCGAGAAAAUCGUAUAUAGUCCAUUAA